GGUGGAAGUGAGAGCAAUGACUUUCGGGUGGCUUGUGCGGUGGCUCAGACCAAUGUUGGUUACGGUUAUGUUUGUUGCACACUCAAAGCAUUAGCAAUAGAUCCUGGAUUGAACUGUAGCAAAUUAAAUACACCUGCAAAAUGGAGAAAAAGAAAAGUAAAGAUAUCGACAGAAAAAACUCAAUUUUAUUCAAGCAGCGCAGAAAUCAACUUCAUAGCCGAAGAAUCCAAGGCACUGCGAGAAAAGAAAAACAAGAAGGCCCAACCUAUGAAUCAGGUAUUGGUAUGAACUUGGAACAGUCAGAGUCUGGGGCUACUAUAACUGGAAGUGAAUCGAUCACAGGGCUACUUCAGUUAAUCAAGGGAAAUGUACCAAAGGAAACAAUAACUGUUUAUGAAGGAACAAUCUCCCCAUUCACCCCAAGGCCAAUUUGUCCGAAUAAUAAAUUUGACAGUAACUUGGAGUACAAUAUUAUUGUGUUUGAUGUCGAGACAAAUACAACAGGUAAAGCUGCCCAGUUGUGCCAGCUUUCAGCUGUUGAUAAGACCGGCCAAAAGUGUUUUUCCGAGUAUAUUUUGCCUGACAAAGACAUCGACAAAUAUGCCACACGGGUAAAUAAACAGACAGUAAAAUCAGCAAACGAACACUUUUUAAAUAUGAUGUAG